CUUUCCGGUUGACCCGGACGCGGUGUUGCCACAUGCUCCGGAAGUGCAGUGAAAGCACGGGGUUUCCCAGACUCCCUAAGCAGGCUUUUUCCUUUCUCGUCCGACAUCUUGAAGUAGCAGCAGCAGCUGCUCCUCUCGCCGCCAGCACCGCCGCCGCCAUGCCCCCCAAGGACGAUAAGAAGAAGAAGGAUGCGGGGAAGUCCGCGAAGAAAGAUAAGGACCCAGUGAACAAAUCUGGGGGUAAAGCCAAAAAAAAGAAGUGGUCCAAGGGGAAAGUAAGAGACAAGCUGAACAACCUUGUUUUGUUUGAUAAGGCUACUUAUGAUAAACUGUGCAAAGAAGUGCCCAACUACAAGCUCAUCACACCAGCUGUAGUCUCUGAAAGGUUGAAGAUUCGAGGAUCUUUAGCAAGGGCUGCCCUCCAAGAACUGCUCAGCAAAGGUUUGAUCAAACUUGUAUCCAAGCACCGAGCCCAAGUGAUUUACACCAGAAACACAAAGGGUGGAGAUGCACCUGCUGGUGGGGAGGAUGCUUAAAAAAGUGAGGUGCUAUUGAAAUUCUAGAGUUGCAGGUUUUCCAGUCACCUCUGCAAUCUUAAAUAAAUGUAUACAAUAAAAUUGUUGAAUUAAUUUGUUUGCUGCUUCUUAAGGGGGUGAGAUGGAGUAAAAAAAUAUCCUCAUACACUUCUUAAUGGUAUGGUGCUGAUAGAUCUGGCAAAAGCAGCCUUAGGCACUUUUUCAUCUAUGCUAUAGAACAGCACACUGAAGUCCCACUUAAUAGUUUUAAUAAAGGUAGAUAAGCAAAAUUAGUUCGAGUUUCUAUACAGUGGUAUUAUAUAUUGUGGUAAAUGUAACAGCACUGACAGUGUCAAGUUACACACUUUGUAUAUUAAAUACCUGGGGUGUGUCUUUCAUUGAAGCUCAGAUUUUGGUCUCUUUUGGGUCUUCCUUUGACAGUCUCUUUCUUUGCUGGAUUCAGCUUUGAACUGAUGUCUUUAAAAAAAAAUGAAAAAGCUUGGUGAAUGCAGCAUGCUAGGAAACAUACUAUAAUCAGCACUACAGAAUAGCACUUAUCAUAGAUGCUCACUUAUAUGCACUUUCAGGUGAGGCAUUAGUUAUAACAGUUUAACUAUUUCCUAAGGAUGGUUCUGCUGUUCUGGUAGCUAUGGCAAACAGCACUCCCUGUAAUUCAGUAGUGUUGUUCACAAAUCUAAAGCAGUACUUUACAGUAAGCUUCCGCCUGAUACCCUACUACACCUACAACUGUCAAUUUAUACCAAGUGCCGCCUCUUUUGAGAACAGGAGUCACAAUAUAAGGCAAAGUUUUACCUGACAUGCUGAACUCAGUGUUGCUGUAGUAGAGACAUAGCUUUGUUUAAAGGUGGUGAGAGAUAUUUCAGCAAUAGAAUUUCACAAAUCCAAGGCUUCACAUACUGAGCAUUAACUCCUACUACUACUUGCAGCAAGACAUCUAUUUCAAAUACACUACUACCCGGUCAAUGAUCAUUUGAGAAAUCCCCUUCCUACAAAUUGCCAACACUGUAUACAUACAAGGAACCCCACCUUUUGAAUUUCAGCCCAUCAUAGGAAGAUGCUUACCUGGAUUGCCACCUCCUGCCAUGAUUCCAGACCCUUCCAAAGGAGGGAAGCCAGCCUUCACUUGUCUGAGAGGUGUGAUCAAAGGUGGCACCAACGCGAUCUGCUGGAAGCUUUUUCAGCUUCUGCUUCUCCUCUAAGAAUCAUUAGUUCAGAGAGAGUGAAGAGGUUCUAUCAAACAUUUUAGGUAAAGUUAUAGAAAAAAUGGUUGGGAGAAUACUGGUCUCUCUGAACAGGUAGGGUUUUUUUUUCCUCUCUCUCUCUCUCUCACCAGAGUCUGCUUCUUAACUGGAAUUCAUCUCCAGAAUUAUCAUAAAAUCACCAUUACCUAGCCUCUAUGCAGAGUUUAAUGUACCUCAUCUACCCUGCAGCACUGAAGUUUUAUACACAAACUUGUCACGCUGACUUUGUAGUAGACACUUCAUUCUAUGUAUUGUGAUUUGCUUUUUAAAUAAAACCAGAAUUUAAAAACUA